AAUAGGAAAUAAGUUUCAGUGUUAUUUGAGUGCAUUUUGAGGUGGCCAGUUAUUUUAUUUGUGCUCUAUCAAAAUGUUCUGUUAGUCUGCAGAUCACCAGAUCAGUAACUGGUGCUCCCACCUAAAGCUCUUUUUUUUGUGUGGACUGUGGUGUUUGUGCAGCUGUACAGUGAGCCAGAUAGGAAAAGUAAUCUGUCAUGAAAAUAAUAUUUUUUUUCUUUUUCUAGGCCUUUUUUCAGCAGAAUGUAGUUGUACAGCUGCACAGUGAACAGAUCAGCAAACAAAUGUGCCGGUGUCCAAAAAUGGUUUUGUGGGAAUGGGAACAAGAGAGUGAAGCAGGGGGGGAGGGCAGCACUGCUGCUUUAAGUGCAACACCAUUUUAAAAUAUGUGUUGAACUUCAGCUUUGGUUGUAACCAAAACAAUUUGCUUACUUUCAGAAGAAAAAUGAAAUAUUAAAAUGCAGCUGUAACUGGUUUAUCUUUUCAAGUAUUUCAGUCUUACAAGCACUGGCUGGUAUCUUAAUAGGAUCUAAUGGAACAGUGUAUUCAAUACAGAAUAUUGGCACAAAAGCAAAUUCACUCUGUUAUAAAUUCUGUGCAUUAGUAGGUGUUCAUGGACUACAUUUAAUUUAUAUAUGAAAGACGGCAAAUUAAUUCUUGGUGAGCAGAACUAGUACCUGCAGAACUUCCAAGUAUUCUGAAGUUUUUAUAUUACCUUAGCUCUGAGAAGGAUCCUGUACUCAGCAAUUUCUUACAAAUAACUGACCCUUUGAAGAAGGCUCUCCAGCUUUUUUAUGUUCAGAAGAAAUGCUCCUUUCUGGAUAACUGAGCUGGUAGAUUGCUACUGUAUCAGUUCAAGAUCAUUUUAUUAUGCUUGGGACUUGGCUUUUCAAAUACCUCACAGUUCAGAUUUUUAGGAAGCAUUCAUGGUGUGUUCAGUUAUGCAUAAAUGCUUUUUGUACUCUGGAAGUCUUAUCUGGUAUUAACUUGGCAAACAGGGCUUGGAUCAGUUCGUUAAUGGUCUGUUCUUACAAAGUGCCCCUCCUACUGGGCUAUAGGUUUUCAAAUGAAUGAGGCUCACUGAAAUCCACAAACCUGUUUCGCUGAAAUCCACAAACCUGUUUCACUGAAAUUGAAGAAGGAAGAGAGUACAGGAGAUGGGAAACAGAGAUGAAGGUACACAUGCACACAAAAUUUUGCAUCAUUUGUUUGCUGACAUUUAUUUUUCAUCAGUGCAAUCAUUGCCAUGGAGAUGGACACAACAAUGGUCCCAAAAAGGAUCGUGUACACGACCAUAAUGACUAUCAGAUCUCAAAUGAAUCAUACUUCCAGAAUGGAGGAACAGAAUCUAUGCCCAGUAAAUUUUCAACGUUGGAAGCAGAAAAUGAACAAAAAUACUACAUUGAAAAGAUUUUUGAUCGCUAUGGUGAAAAUGGAAGAUUAUCUUUUUUUGGCCUGGAAAAACUGUUAAUAAGCCUUGGUUUGGGAGAGGUAAAAGUAGUGAUGAUAAAUCAUGAUGAUAUUGGCCAUGAUCAUGUUUCUCACUUGUAUGCUUUGGAAGUACAGGAAGGAAAGCAUUUUCAUCCUCAUAACCAUGCUCACAGCCACUCAGAUUCAGAAAACCAGACCACGGUUGGUGUGUCUGCAAAGAGAAAUCAUAAAUGUGACACUGAGAGAGACACGGCGGUGCCCUCGGUGAAGGAGGACGGCAAACACGUUCACAACCAGAGCCGCCGCCACCACCACCACCACUCGCGCCCGCACCGGCACGAGCACAACGGCACGCGGCACUCGCGCAACGAUUCCGUCAGCCACGGCGACCCCGCGGAGCAGAGCCACGAGCCUGCCACCGAGACAAACACCACCCAGGAGCAGCCGGAACGGAAACAGCGCAAGCAGAAGAAGAAGCAGAAGAAGAUCAGCGAGACGUCGGGAGACGCCACGUGGGAUUACGCCCCGGAGCACGAUCCCGGCGAUCAGUACGAGCACAACCGCGUUCACAAACACGACCAUGUCCACGAUGCCUCUCACUUGCACGUGCACCACCACGAGCACAGCGGUGACCGCUCUGCCGGCCACGGCCACCAGGAUGGCAGCUUGGGCAGUGCCAGCGGGCACCGCCACACCAGCAAGCGAGAGGCCUCGCACAAGCAGAUCAGCGUGAGGAAACACGCGCUUCCUGCGGCACGCGGUCACAAGGAUCACAGUGAAGAUGAGCACAAGCAUGAAGAGUGCUUGAAUGCUACCCAGCUGCUACGGUACUAUGGUCUGGAAGCCAGCUCCCUAAUAUCUCCUGAGCUCUUCGUGUACAUGUGUCCUGCUUUGCUCUACCAGAUUGAGAGAAGGCUUUGUAUUCUACAUUAUGAUGAGCUGGAAGAUUUUACAAGAAAUAAAAAUGCAUCAGUUGAGAACAAAGAUAAAACAGGUGCAUCAGCCUGGUUUUGUGGUAUCAUCUCUAUCACCGUCAUUAGCCUGCUUUCCUUGCUAGGUGUGAUCUUGGUUCCCAUCAUUAACCAAUGGUGCUUCAAAUUUCUUCUAACUUUCUUGGUAGCUCUGGCUGUAGGAACAAUGAGUGGAGAUGCACUGCUCCAUCUCUUGCCACAUUCCCAUGGAGGCCACAACCACAGCCACCACCAUGGCCAAGGCCACGUGCACGAGCACAGGCACUCGCACCGGCACGGCCACGCGCACGCGGCGCACGCCGAGAGCUUCCUGCAGGAGAACGAUCCCGUGCUCAAAGGGCUCUUGGCACUUGGAGGCAUUUAUGUUCUCUUCAUCAUUGAGCACUGCAUAAGAAUGUACAAACAUUACAAUAAACAAAAGAGUAAGCAGAAAUGGUGCAAAAAACCCCAGACUGAAGAAUCACCAAUUGGAAGGAAACUUUCUGAUCACAAAUUAAAUAACAGACCAGAUGCUGACUGGCUUCAGCUGAAACCCCUUGCAGGAGCAGACGACUCAGUUUUGUCUGAAGAUCGCCUGAAUGAAACUGAACUGACUGACUUGGAUGGGCAGCUGGAGCCCCCUGCCAAAAACUACCUGUCUGCAGAAGAGGAGAACAACCUGCGGCACUCUCACAACGACGUCUCCCACGCCGCCCAAGAGCACGAGCUGCACGAUUCCGAGUAUGACAGCCAUGGCGAAGAUAAAAUGAUAGCUAGAAAACACAGUCACCACUGGCAUCACAAACAUUCCCAUCAUUCCCAUGGCCACUGUCAUUCUGGAAAAGACCUGAAAGAUACUGGGAUAGCUAAUAUUGCUUGGAUGGUAAUUAUGGGAGAUGGCAUUCACAACUUUAGUGAUGGCUUAGCAAUCGGAGCAGCUUUUAGUGCUGGACUGACAGGGGGAAUUAGUACAUCUAUAGCAGUAUUUUGUCACGAGCUUCCCCAUGAAUUAGGUGACUUUGCGGUGCUGCUGAAGGCAGGGAUGACAGUGAAGCAGGCCAUCGUGUACAACCUGCUGUCAGCCAUGAUGGCCUACAUCGGGAUGCUGAUCGGCACGGCCGUGGGGCAGUAUGCCAACAACAUCACCCUCUGGAUCUUCGCCGUCACCGCCGGCAUGUUCCUCUACGUGGCCCUGGUCGACAUGCUUCCAGAAAUGCUUCAUGGAGAUGGAGAUAAUGAAGAGCAUGGUUACUGUCCUGUGGGGCAGUUUAUUCUUCAGAAUCUAGGCCUGCUUCUUGGAUUUGCCAUCAUGCUGGUGAUUGCCCUCUAUGAAGACAAAAUAGUGCUUGACAUCCAGUUUUGACCUGAUGCUGGUAAUCACUGUGGUUCCAAUCUGUUGCUGUCUGGCUUUGAGUCUGCACUGUGUGGCUGUGUGCACACUGCUCAGAGGACAUGUGGUGCUUGCACUGCUUACAGGAGGACAGGAGAUUCCUUUCUGCCUAGAGUAGCUUCUGCUUUUCUCUAAUCCCAUCCAAUGAGCUUACCCAACACAACUCCUAAACUUGAGUGAGCAGCGUUUAGGAAACCCUAAAUCUGAGAAAUAAGGGCCAAGGUCAGGGUGCUGUAUAGGGAGCACUGCUUGCUUAAGAAAGAAAAAGUACAGGAAAAGAUCUCAUUUGGGAAAACACCAUUCCAUUAGUGCACUUGGACAGAACCCAGAUGUUGCAGCUGAAACUCACACCUGUGCAAGGAACCCAAGGAAACUUUUAGUGCCACAUGAGUCUUGAGUAGCUCCUAGCUCUGUGUGUGUAUAGAUCUGUAUAGAUAUAGACAGAUGUGCACACAUACACUUGUGUGUGUGUGCACCUCUGUAUAUAUAUGUAUUAAUCCUGUGCUGAUUUUUCUGCGUAGUGGUGACUUGAAGUAUUCAGUCUUACAGCAGGACAUGGCUGGAAGCCACUGUGCUGGCUUAAAUUUUUAAAAAGAAACCCCAAGCCUAAACACUGUUUAAAUUCUUGGAAGCUGUAUUAAGCUGCACUCCAUCAUUGCAAACCUCUUGUGUAAGAAGGCAGGCUGUUGCCAUGUACUCUGCGAAGUGUAACUUCUGUUCAGGGUCAGUUUGAUGAUGUUUUUCCCCAGCUGAGAUUUAUUUGAUGUUUGUUCCUUGAUAUUAGUAGGAAAAUGCAAAAUGCAGUAGAAUUAGUGUUAGCUUGGGGAAAUCCCUGACCUUGGAGUUAUUGAGCUGUUUCUGGUUCUUUCUUACAGACGCUAAACAUGUAUUGUGUGCCACUUGCAGCAUAAACUACUGAAGAAUUGUGGCUGUGAAUUUGUGCAAACUCUUUUAACAAGAGAAUCCAUGUGGGAAUUUCUCCAUUUUUUAAAAUUAUUAUUUUGGACUGUUUUCUCUUCUUCAUGUUAAACCAAGGUGCAAGAUGCUAGUAGCUGCAGCUGGACACAAGGGUUAAAUUAUGCUCUGUGUAUGUUGUACUGGUAGGGUAUUUACGAUACUGUAACAGCGCGUCAAAUCCCUUCCUGCAAUGCCUUGAUAUCAGACAUUGUGACACCAGCCAUUUCUGGCAGUAAAGAAUAUGUAAGAAGAUUUCUACUUCCAGUAUAAAGGAGUUCAUUUCUAUGAUAUUUUUUUACAAUUUUGGUAUUUAAAUUAGAUUAUUAAAAAGCAGAUGUGGUAGAACCAUGGUAUGUGUCAUUUAGAAGAAUAGACUGAAAAUUUGGGCCUUAACUUGCUGGGACCAGCUGUCCUAAAUCAGAUUGUGCUGACAGGCGUUUAUUGCCAGACAUGAGUUAGUUCUUCUUGUACCCAUCUCCUUAACAAAAAGUAAAUGGUGAGUUUGUGGGGAGUGCAAGUUGAUUCUGUAGUACCAGUCCUAAGCAUGGUAGUAGCUUUUUUUCCAAACACCCAGUCUGUCUCUCUCCUGUGUAUGCCAGGUAAAAGCUGUACUUUGACUGUGUGCCGUAAGUUUUAAAGUUCCGGUCUGCUUGGUGCCAGUGUAGCUGCUAAAAACACUACUCCUAACGCCUUUAAUGAGAGCCAGUGGGUCUCUGCAUUCCAUUUCAAGUUCCUGUGUUUCCUGUGGCCCUUUACUUCAGAAGCUUCAUUGGUCAGUUUAGCUUUUACUGAGAGCAGCUCAUGUGUUUUAAAGGUAUCAGUUGGUUGCCAGUAUUUGUUCCUAAUGCAGUAUCAGGAAACAGUAUUAAGGGUCCAUUUCAAAGAAGGGUGCAGUUUCUUCAGUGAAGAAGCCAAAAGCCCAGAGUUCAGGCACGCAGCCAUUUGAUGUUCUGAACUCAGGUUUUCUUUUUUCCUCUUUAAACAUAUUUAGUGUAGAACCCUAAUUAGCAAACACACUGUUGUUAGCUUCAGAUUGCUGAAUUUCUGGCAGUGUAAAACUCCUGGAUGACAUUUUUGCAUAGUGCCCAUGUUAAGUCAAUGAGACAAAACUUCCUGGAUACCUUCUGAAGAUCUGAGUUUAAACAAUCUCUGUUUCCUUUGUAUUAAACUGACUGACUUAAGAUUUUUUCUUUUCUGUUAAUUCUGAAAUAUAAGGGGGUCAUUAUGCAGCUGAUGUUUUGUCAAAUGAUUUUUUUAAGAUUUAUUUCUCUUAACUCUUUUCAAAUGAAGAUUUCUGUAUUUCCAGUAGUAUAUUUACCGUUGUAUUAGUUGGAAUGUGGUUAUAGCUCAAUACACUGCCUCUGUAGGAAAAUAGUUAACUUCCUUCCAAGACCAUCUUCAGACAAGGGAAAAACAUGGUCGUUGAAGGUAGGUACUGUAUUUUUCAUGGAAUAUAGAUUGUUUACUUUUAUUUUCUAGUAUUUAUUGCAAGUGUAACAGAGCAGUGUAACAGCUGUGACUUCUCUAUAUUUCCACCAGUAUUGAAUUCCAGAUGAUUCUAAUGUACACUUUUGAGUUACAGACAAUCUGAAUUCCACUACAUUUCUACUUGGCUUCAACAUUCCAUUUGGCUUGAAUCCAGAGUCUCAUUUAACUUGUAUUUGUUGGAGGGCAUAAAUGUUACUUGUAUAUUUUACAAUGCUGUCACUGUGUGACAUCCCAUGUGAAUUCUGAUGUAAAUCACAUUGCACUCAAUCCGCUGUGAUUAUGCUUAGAAAAUGUUGUAGUUGCUAGAUGCAGUGUGAUUAUUUUUUUAUUAUUUUUUUCUUUCCUCUCCCCAUUAACAACUGAGUCUAUGGUUUAAAAUGUGAUAAUGGUCCAAUAAGAUAACUUGCUGAGCUAUUGGUUUUUUUUGUUAUAACUAAAUCAUUUUUAAAAAAUUUUAUAAAGCUGGAAAUUAUCAAAUGCUGUUUUGUUCAUUGUCAACAGUGUUGUGUUCAUUUUAUGUAUGUUCCUUAUACAUAAGGAGCCUUCAGAAAAUAAAAAAAAAAAAUUCAAGGAGCAGA